AUGGCGUCAACAACCAUAUCGUCCUGCGCAUAUCAGGCAGUGCAAGGCGCCCACCGAUUGAAGAUCUGUCAGUUUAGUCACGGUAUUGUUGGCAUGGACGUCAAUGCUGAUGGUUUCAUCCGCUCCAGCACCUUCAGGGUUGGGGGAUUCGACUGGGCUAUCUUGUACUACCCAGAGGGUUAUGGCGACGACAGUGAGGGAUUCAUAUCAGUUUUUGUUGAGUUCAUGAGCAAGUAUGGGAAGGCGCCAGCGGUCGUCGACAUAAGACUGAUUGAUCAAGUCACUGGAAAGCCCAAAUCGUUAUUGUCAAGUGUAUUCUUUGAAGAGGAUGAGGAGCCAUUUCGAUUCAAAUCUGACAGCUUCGCAGAGGCUACCUGGGGUAAGGAGAGGUGUAUAAGAAGGGAGGCGUUGGAGGAUUCAGUGUAUGUCCGAGAUGACUGCCUUGUGAUCGAAUGUGUCAUCACUGUUUUAGGCCAAUUAAGGGUGUCUGAAACUAAACCAUUGUGUGAAAUUGAUGUGCCACCCCCUAACGCACUACAGCAUUUUCGCAAGAUGUUAGAGGAUACGUCCGCAGCAGAUGUGACCUUCGACGUUCAACAAGAAACAUUUGCUGCCCACAGGGCGGUGCUUGCUGCGCGGUCACCUGUCUUCCGGAAGCAGUUCAGCGAACCCAUGAAGGAGAAGAUGAGCCGCAUAACCAUCAACUCUGUGGAACCAGCGGUUUUCAAGGCUCUCCUCCAUUUCAUUUACACCGAUUCCUUGCCUGUGAUGGAUGAUUUCACUAGAGCUGAAAGCAAUGCUGUUUUCCAGCAUCUACUUGCAGCUGCGGAUCAAUAUGGUUUAGAGAGGUUGAAGCUUAUGUGUGCAGGCACCUUGGUUAUGAACCUUAAUGUGGAGAAUGUGGCUAGUGCACUAUGGCUAGCUGAUAAGUACAAUUGCCAGAAGCUUAAAGAAGCUUGUGUCAAUUUUAUGGCCCCUUCCAACAGAGUCGAUGCUGUGGUGGCAAGCCAAGGGUACCAGCUUCUGAAAAGAGGUUCUCCUUCUCCAUUAGCAGAUGUGUGGGAGAAGAGGAGCCGUGCUCGCCAAAGCUUUCUUUAG